UGAUCAUAGCCCGCAGCAAUGAAUCCUCAAAAUCCUCAAAAAUCCAUCUCUCAAUAUAAGCAGUCUCCGAUUGAGAAGAUAGACAUGGGUACAUUCAACUGGUGCAGAAAUAUUGAUUGGCUUCACCUUGUCAUUAUGGUGCUGUUGCCGACCUACGUCUACGUCAGAUCUUCUUAUGCGCCUCUUCAAUACAAGACAUUGGCCUUGAUGCUGACUCACCUCAUACUCUGCUCCCUGGGCAUAACAACUGGUUACCAUCGGCUGUGGGCACACAAGGCGUACCGAGCCUCACCUCCACUGAAGUAUCUUCUCGCCAUCCUCGGCGCAGGCUCCUGGCAGUGGUCUAUCAUAUGGUGGGUUACUCACCACCGAGCCCAUCACCGAUACCUGGACACCCACCGAGACCCCUACAAUGCCCGCAGGGGUCUGUUUUACUCCCACAUCGGCUGGCUCCUUGUCCGUCAUUCUCCCGCCUCGUGGGGCAAGGUGGACAUCUCCGAUGUGGUCAAUGAUCUAGUGGCACUCUGGCAACGCCGCUAUUACCUUGUUUUGGCUUUCCUGUCGGGUCUGGUAUUUCCCGCCGCGGUCGCUCACCUUGGCUGGAAUGACUGGAUGGGCGGGUUUGUCUACGCAGGCGCAUUGAGGAUCCUGAUCUCCUGGCACUGUGCUUUCUGCGUCAAUUCCGUGGCCCACUAUUCUGGCUCCCAGCCGUUCUCGGAUCGGCAUACACCGCGUGACUCGCUGUUCACGGCCCUGCUCACCCUCGGAGAAGGCUACCAUAACUUCCAUCACGAGUUCCCCUCGGAUUACCGAAAUGGCGUUCGGUGGUUUGACGCGGAUGUGGGGAAAUGGGCCAUAGCGUGCUAUCAGUUUUUGGGGCUGGCGUCGAAUCUGCAGCGGGUCAGCGACGACACUGUGGCAACGGUGCGUCUCCAACAGCGGCAGAAGUCCUACGAUCAGAAGCAUGAUGACCGGGCGAGCCAACUACCCGUAAUGAGCUGGGAUCAGUAUAUCUGCGAGACGCUGAAUGGCCGAUCACUUGUAGCAAUUGCAGGCUUUGUGCAUGACAUUUCCGACUUUGUGACGGAGCACCCCGGAGGCCGAGCCUUGAUUCAGUCCGCGGUAGGGAAGGAUGCCACUGCGAUGUUUACUGGCGGGGUGUACGAUCACUCUAACCACGCCAAUACCAUACUUGCUCGACACAGGGUCGGAGUCCUUAGGGGCGGGGGUGAAAUCGAGAUGCUCAAGUCAGAGUCUAUCCCUGGAUCUGUAGUCAGGGCACAAUAG